GUGAGAUUUAGCAUGAGACCUCCCGCAGCAAACGAGCGGCCGGCGUUUACCGUAUAGCAGUUAACAGUGAAGUGGAUAAUGCAAUGAAAAAGACAUUUGUAUAAGCCAGGACUCGAGUCGUUCUAUAUUUUUAUACAUCGUGGUUUAGUUUGAGCAUUACUCUACUGUUUUAUUAUUUUAGAGCAAAGACAUCCAAGUACAGUGAGAUAUUUCUUCUAGCUACCUAGUUAGCUAACGUUAACGUUAUCAAUUAAGAUAGCUACAGUGAAAGAUGUCAGUGGUAGGAUUUGAUGUCGGCUUCCAGAGCUGCUAUGUUGCUGUUGCUCGUGCCGGAGGAAUAGAAACCAUAGCCAAUGAGUACAGCGACCGAUCUACACCAGCGUGUGUGUCCUUCGGACCUCGUAAUCGUUCAAUAGGUGCAGCAGCGAAAAGCCAGGUUGUCACAAACUGUAAGAACACAGUCCAAGGGUUCAAGCGUUUCCAUGGCAGGGCCUACACUGACCCCUACAUCCAGUCUUCAAAGUCCAGCCUUGUCUACGAUCUCGCCCAAAUGCCCACGGGGACAACUGGCAUUAAGGUGAUGUACAUGGAGGAAGAGAAGAUAUUCAGUAUUGAGCAAGUGACCGCCAUGCUGCUGACCAAACUAAAGGAGACUGCUGAGGGGGCGCUGAAGAAGCCAGUGGCCGACUGUGUCAUCUCCGUUCCCUGCUUCUUCACCGAUGCCGAGAGGAGGUCUGUCAUCGAUGCUGCUCAGAUCGCCGGCCUCAACUGCCUGCGGCUGAUGAACGAGACGACUGCGGUGGCGCUGGCAUAUGGAAUUUAUAAACAGGACCUCCCGGCCCCUGAGGAGAAGCCCAGGACUGUGGUGUUUGUGGAUAUCGGUCACUCCGGAUACCAGGUGUCGGUCUGCGCGUUCAAUAAAGGAAAGCUCAAGGUUCUUGCCACAGCUUUUGACCCAGAGCUGGGUGGGAAAGACUUUGACGAGAUGCUGGUGAAUCACUUCUGCGAGGAGUUCCAAAAGAAGUACAAGCUGGAUGUGAAGUCCAAGCCCAGGGCCCUGGUACGCCUGUACCAGGAGUGCGAGAAACUCAAGAAGCUGAUGAGCGCCAACUCUUCAGACCUGCCCCUGAACAUUGAGUGCUUUAUGAAUGACAUCGACGUCUCUUCAAAAUUCAACAGGGGCGCAUUUGAGGAGAUGUGCGCGGGGAUUUUGGCCAAAGUGGAGGCUCCUCUGCGCAGCGUCAUGGAACAGACCAAGCUGAAGAAGGAGGACAUUUACGCCGUUGAGAUCGUGGGCGGCGCCUCCAGGAUUCCUGCUAUCAAAGAGAGAGUCAGCAAGUUCUUCGGGAAGGAGCUGAGCACGACCCUGAACGCGGACGAGGCCGUGGCCAGGGGCUGCGCCCUGCAGUGUGCCAUCCUGUCCCCUGCGUUCAAAGUGAGGGAGUUCUCCAUCACUGAUGUGGUCCCGUAUCCCAUCUCCCUGAAGUGGAACUCUGCAGCAGAGGAGGGGUUGAGUGAUUGUGAGGUAUUCCCAAAGAACCAUGCAGCUCCGUUCUCCAAAGUGCUAACUUUCUACCGCAAGGAGCCCUUCUCCUUGGAGGCCUACUACAACACCCCUAAGGAGCUGCCCUAUCCGGAUCCCACAAUAGGUCAGUUCAUGAUCCAGAAGGUGGUUCCCCAGGCGUCGGGCGAGAGCUCCAAAGUCAAGGUGAAGGUCCGGGUGAAUAUUCACGGGGUCUUCAGCGUGUCCAGCGCCUCCCUGGUGGAGGUGCAGAAAUCUGCAGAGGGCGAGGAGCCCAUGGAGACCGACACGCCUACGAAGGACGAAGAGAACAAGAUGCAGGUUGACCAGGAGGAGCAGAAGGCUCAAGGUGACAGCCAGAAAGAGAAUGAAGAUAAGAAGUCUGAGACUGAGGAAAUGGAGACUACAACAGAAGAUGGCAAACAGGAGAAGAAAACUGAUCAGCCACCACAGGCCAAGAAACCCAAAGUCAAAACAAAGACUGUGGACCUUCCCAUAGAGAACAGCCUGCACUGGCAGCUAGCCAACGACAUGCUCAAUCUCUUUGUGGAGAAUGAGGGUAAGAUGAUCAUGCAGGACAAGCUGGAGAAGGAGCGGAACGAUGCCAAGAACUGCGUGGAGGAGUACGUGUACGAGAUGAGGGACAAGCUGCACGGCGUGCUGGAGAAGUUUGUGAACGAGGCGGACCGUGACACUUUCUCGUUAAAACUUGAGGACACCGAGAACUGGUUAUAUGAAGAUGGAGAGGACCAACAAAAACAAGUGUACAUUGAUAAACUGGCUGAACUGAAGAAACUUGGCCAGCCCAUCCAAGACAGAUACAUGGAAGCAGAAGAGAGACCAAAAGCAUUCGAGGAACUUGGGAAACAAAUCCAGCAGUACAUGAAAAUUGUCGAAGCCUUCAAAACCAAGGAGGAGCAGUAUGACCACCUGGAUGAGGCCGAAGUCACCAAAGUGGACAAGAUGGUCAAUGAUGCCAUGAUCUGGAUGAACAGCAAAAUGAACCAGCAGAGCAAACAGGAUCUCGCCCUCGACCCUACUGUGAAGGUCACAGAGAUACGGUCGAAAACAAAGGAGCUGUAUUCCGCCUGCAACCCCAUCGUCUCAAAGCCCAAGCCCAAGGUGGAGCCCCCCAAGGAGGAGAAGGCAGCAGAGCAGAACGGGCCGGUGAAUGGACAGGAGAACACGGAGGCCCAGCCAGCCAGCCCCGAGAAAGGAACCGCGGGCAGCCAGCCGGCCCCCGAAUCCACAGACAACAAGCUACCCGAGAUGGACAUUGACUAACUGCUGCUGCAGCUUCCUUGCUUGUCUCAGGCUUCCACGAUGCUGAGAUGUUAGCCCCCCCCAGCCCCCCCUCCCCCUCAC